AUGGCGGGGCCGGGCAGCGACGGGGACCUGCGGCGCCUGCUGAAGCUGCACCGCACCGAGAUCGCCAUGGCAGUGGACGACGUCUUCCCACUGCUGCAUGGCCUGGCUGACCACGAUGUCGUCCCUGACCACAUCUUCAAGGAGACGCUGAGCCGGACGGAGCGGGAGGGCUCUCACCGCGCUUUCCACGCGCUGCUCACCUGGCUGCUGGGCCGCGACGCUGCCGCAGUCCGCGACUUCUGGGCCGUCCUCUUCAAGGACUACAACCUGGAGCGAUACUCCCGGCUCCGGCCUCUCCGCGGCGCCUUCCCCAGAGAGGUGGAGCUGGGGCGGCAGCGCCGUGGAAGGCGUUUCUCCCCGAGCCCCACGGCACCGGCCCCACACAGACCCCAAGGCAAGAGGAAAGCCCCUGAGGAGCGGGACAAGGCCCGGGCAGCACAGCCUGCUCCACGGCACAGCGCAAGUCCUGGGCCCCUGGUCAAGGCAAAGACUGUGAAGAAGCCGGAGGGCACAGAUACCCCUCGCACUUCUCGUGCCAGCGCUCUCCAGGCAGUGGCUGCCUCGGUGCAGAGAGCAGUGGCUGUGGCAGGUGGUGAGGUACCUGUCAGCCGUGGGGCCAUCGAGGGCAUCCUCAUUAAACAUGUGCUGGAUCCACGCAGCUCCAAGACAGUCAGCAGAGCUGAGGAUGAGCCAUAUAACCCUGCUGCCUGCGAGGAGCCAGAGGCCAGGAGCAGAAGCCACAGCCUGAAGCCCCCUGCCCAGCCCAAGGCAUGCCAAACUAACAGGGAACCCCAAGUGCACCCCCAGGGCCAGCUGCCAGCAGCCACUGCGUUCAGCCAGGACCCUGUGCCCCAGCAGGAGAAUGAGGAUGAGUGUGCAGCAUGCGGUGAUGGUGGUGAGCUCAUCUGCUGUGAUGGCUGCCCCAGGGCCUUUCACCUUGCCUGCCUGGUGCCCCCGCUGCCCCACGUCCCCAGCGGGACAUGGCGAUGUGGCUCCUGUGUGGAGAACGUGACUGAACCAGGCCAGCUGCUGGAGGCAGACUUGCCUGUGGAGAGACCCCCCGAGAUCCUGGGAGACGCGGCACGGGACACCCAGCUGGGUGGAGUUGAGGGAAGCGUCUGCAGCCGCUGCUGCACCCAGAUCCCCACUGCCCGACACUGUCCUGCUCCCAGUGGGGACCCCAGGGGGCUGCUGCUGUGCACAUCCUGCAUGGGCACCCUGGACACAGGUGGCGUGGGCACCACGCCAGCAGCUGGAGACCAACUGCUUCCAGCAGCCAAGGGUGACAUGGGGCUGUGGGUCAGGCAGCAUGUGCUGGGAGACGCCACAGAGGAAGGAUGUGCGCUCUUCAGCCCACACCACCACCUUCCUACCCUGACCCGCAACCGCACUUACACACCACACGGUGGCCACACCUGGCCAUGA